AACACACUAUUUCUAUGGCGAUCGCACUACCCAUCCCGUGUGCAAAAAAACAAUUUUUAAAACAUAGAUUCUUGGAAACGAGGAGGGCGAAAUUGUUGUUGAGCAGGAAGAUUCGAGAAGCCUGGCGUCGCCCACGCCUAGUAUCGACGGCGAGGUGCGCAAUCCCGCGUUCACAAGCAAGCGCGCCAGCAACGGCGGCUUGGAGUUCCACAUCCGAACCCUGCCCAUCCGACCAAAGACUGCAAACCCAGCCAUGUCCACGAAGAUCUCGGGCGGUGGCGGCCUCUCAAACGGAACCACCGGCUCCCCGAUUGAGCGCCACCAGCUUGAUGCGCCCAGCAGACUCAGGUCCGUCAGGUCGUUUGCCAGCAGCCCGGUGUCCCGUGCCAGCACGCGAAUGAGCGAGUAUACGUCGUUGCGGCCCGAAUCGUCAGGCCAGAGCCUCAUGGAGAUUCGUCCAGCCUUUGACGACGACGCCAUGACCGACUGCGGUGGCGAUGACCAGCAGCGCGACAUGGGGACUCAGACACCGCAGAGCAUUGGGACCUCUGCCUCGCCAGACCUGAUCGGCGGUGGUGCAUCUGGGGCUGCACGCAGGCCGCAGGCCGCGGUGGAUUUGCGUCCGCAGAUGGCGUCCAUAACGGCGAUGGAGGACAAGAGCACGAUGACUACCUGGCGUGGAAUCCCUGGCGAGCUUCAGAGCGCUAAUCCCAGCCGGAUUUCCCUCUCGGCAUCCGCCGAUGAUCUGGACUACGACUCCGAGUCAGGCAAGGAGUCACUACCAGACACAGUGCUGCGCGGUGGAGGAGCACCACGGCCCGCCGAAGACUCGUCAGUGUUUUUGGCAUUCAACGGCCCACCGGUUGCGCCACCAGAGGGCCGCUCGAGCAGACGCACCAGCCCACGUCCAAAGUCCCUCCCACGCGAGUCAAACAAGUACGCGCAGCUGCGGCCCCGGCGCAAGGCAAAGGACAAGAUCAACUACCGGGAGCGGGCCGAGCAGCUGCUGACACAAUAUUUCCCCGAGGAGGUUCUCAAAAGGUAUCUCGAUGAGCUCCGCCGGCGCUAUCGCUUUAUGGGCAACGGCGGCAUGACGCCGAGCGAGAUCACCAGGUUCCUUGACGAAACCACGGCGGACUCGCAGCUCAAAGAACAGCUGCGCGCGAGUCUUGAGGAGCUCGCAAACGCAGAAAUGGCCGAGUCCUCUUCGGACUAUGAAUCUACGCUGCCGUCAUCGUCGCCCUCGCAAACGCCCUACCUGGGCAUGCGCAACACAGAGAUGCGCAGCUCUACGAAUGACCGCUCCAGCGUGAGCCCGGCGCCCAAAAGUGUUAGGUCUGUGGCACCCUCGAGCAUCCUGGUUGGCGGCGGCAUGUCGAUGGAGGAUCUCGACCGUGAAUCGGCCAAUGUGCCAUCUUACAAUACCCUUCGCAGUGACCAGAUGAGCGUGGCUGCGUCGGUGCUUCCGGCGGAGAGCAUGCGCAAUGGCAUGAUGCAGAGUGUCCAGGGCACGCCACGGAUGAAGCCGUACGAUAAGCCGACGACGCCGAUGCCUCGAGUCGCCAUGAUGAUGUGAUUUCUCGGCCUCAGUCAAAGGUGGGAGUUUCGCAGACUGCUGUUUUGCAGAGUCAGCCGCAGCUGUCAUCCACCCCCAUGCCGCCGAGCCGCCAUGAUAGCCCGAUCUCGCGGCCACAGUCGAUUGCAGGUGGAAACUUGCAAGUUGCUUUGCCACAGCCCCAGC